GUUAUUUACAGCGAUCUAUAUUUAGCAAUCAUCGACAAGCCACAAGGUAUGGCCGUCCAGGGCGGGGAAAAUCAGACCUUGGGACGAUCCGAUCUGUUGCUGCCGUUGGCACUCAAACCUGGCACCAAGGUGCCGUGGCCCACUCAAAAUAGUAUACUAGACAGUGCUUUGACGAAACCCCGCGUAUGCCAUCGGCUGGACGCCGGAACAGGGGGUAUACUUGUACUGGCGAAAACUCGUGUUGCCGAAGUGAAACUGAAGCAAUGCUUUGCGGACCGCGCUUGUCGAAAGCGAUACCGUGCGCUCCUGUACGGAAAGCUGCCAAAACAAGAAGGAACCAUUGAAGCAUCUUUAUCAGGAAAACCAGCGGAGACGCACUACAGCGUACUCAGGUACGUUCGAUCCUUGGAUUUCGGGUGGUUGACCUUGAUUGACCUGCGCCCGGUGACUGGACGGAAGCAUCAGCUUCGCCGACACAUGCAAGGCAUGGGGCAUGCGAUUUAUGGUGAUCAACGCUACGGUCCCAAGCUGGAGCCGCGUCCGAACGAAGGAAGCGAGGACCCCCACAGUCGCCUUUGUCUGUGGGCAAUGGAGAUUGCGCUGCCGCAUCCAUCGACCGGUGAAUACAAGACGUUUACUCUGCCGAGC